AUGGAAGCGUUCGGGUUCACCCCGGAGCAUCACAUCCAAGUCACGCGCGGCCGGGUCUUCGCGGACGCGCUCGACGCGCUCGGACCGGCGGCGUUGAAACACGAGAACCGACGGUGGCGCGACGAUCACGUCGGCGAGCGCCCCCCCGGGUCGUUGAAAGGCGUCGUUCGCGUCAACUUCGUGAACGAGCACGGCGUCGAGGAAGCCGGCGUCGACGGCGGCGGUCUGUUCAAAGAUUUUCUGAGCGCGUUGAUCGAAGAGGCGUUCGACCCGAAGGUUGGAUUAUUCGUCGAGACCCCGGACCGGACGUUGUACCCGAACCCGGCGUCGUGGAAACACGCGGGGGCGGACCACCUUCGGAAGCUCGAGUUCUUGGGCGCGAUGCUCGGGAAGGCGGUGUACGAGGGUAUCCUCGUGGACCUCCCUCUCGCGGGUUUUUUCCUCGCGAAACUUCGCGACGGCCGACCGCCGGAGCUGAACGACCUCGCGACGCUAGACCCGGAGCUGUACCACCACCUGUUGUCGCUGAAACGUCUCCCCGCGCGCGACGUCGAGGAUCUGUUUCUGCACUUCACCGCGUCCGACCCGGACGGCGUCGGCGGCGACGUCGACUUGAUCCCCGGCGGGUCCGAGAUUCGCGUCGACGGAGAGAACCGCGGGCGGUACGUCCACCUCCUCGCGCAUCACCUCAUGCACGCGAGGAUUCGGAGGCAAUCGAAAGCGUUCGUGGACGGGUUCCGCGGCUUGAUCGAACCCUCGUGGCUGCGCGUGUUCGCGCCCGCGGAGCUGCGAUUACUCAUCAGCGGCGCGGGCGGGAAGAUCGACAUCGACGACCUCGCGCGGUCGGCGACGUACAGCGGCGGGUACACCGCGGACCACCCGACGGUGACGGCGCUGUGGGACGCGUUGAGAGAGUGUCGCGAGGAGGAUCAACGCGCGUUUUUGAAAUUCGUCACCGCGUGUCCGAACACGCCGUUGCUCGGGUUCUCGCAGCUCAUGCCGCCGUUCUGCGUGCAUCGGUCCGGGAUGUCGAGCGGGAGCCGCGCGAGCGAGGACACCGCGGAUUUGGCGCGGCUGCCGACCGCGGCGACGUGCAUGAACUUGCUCAAGCUGCCGCCGUAUAAGACGAAAGACGCGGUGAAGGAGAAGCUUCUGUACGCCGUCACGAGCGGAAGCGGGUUCGAUCUGUCGUGA